AAAGAUUAGCAAUUACAAUGUUGUUGGUAUUGAAACACUGCUUAACUGCACAACAAUGGCCUUUAAAAUACACACCUUUCUACGUUUUAGAUCUGAUUAAUGAGUUGAUUACAAAAAUGUGUCACUUGUGAUCAAUAUAUCCUGGUUUAGUGAUCUGUUACUUAUUAGUGAUAGGGCAAGAUGGAUGUGGUGGCCAUAUUAAUGUCCCCGGGUGAGACUAUGUCAACACCAAACCAUGAUUUUUUGGGGGGGAAAGAACCAUAAUACAAUGCCUAUUUAGGCGACAAGUUAAAACUUGAUAUAAAGCAUUCUCCUGUGUCUAGAUUUGCAUUAAAAUCCCAGAAUAUGGUCCAAAAUGUUUGGGAAAACUGGUCAUAAAGUUGAUAGAACUGAGAUAUUACAGAAAUCUCGUUAUCAGUUCUUCUUUCCUACAUUCGGCAACACUAUUACUUCAUAAAAAGAGCAUAUUGCAGAAACGCUCCAUAAAUGUGCAUGGACGUUAUUAACAGAUCUGUCUUCGCUGCUUGACAGGACUGCACAUGGAGAGUCCCUAAGUGAGUAAUCUUAGAUCAUAGGUCAUUACUGUGAUCUUGCAGUAAAGGUCCAUCAGAGCAAUGGUGGGAAGGGUCCAAUUAGCUGUUUGUUGAGUGUUGGAGGUGUGACACCGAAGCGUCGAUCAAUUGCUGCCACGACCAACAGAUUCUUUUGUUCACAGUCAAUAAUGUUGGGUGAUGUAUUUGUAAUUAACAAAUACUUGAGUGUAAUCCAGAGUAAGUUUGUGGGCAUUGUGGGUCAUGGGUUGUGAGUGAGUGAUAUGGAUGAGGUGCUGAAACACUGCAUAUUAGAUCUCUCAGGAUAUAUAAAGCCACGAUCAUAAGGCACAGAUGCAUUCAGACCGAGACCGUGUAUGCAACUGGAUGUUGGACCAGGUUUCCGAGUACAGCAGUAAUGAUGAACGUCUCGGAGUUGUCACAGGCUGGUUCACUGGUCCUGCCGUGUCCUCCAGACGAAGGGCGGACGUGCAGCAAAGCGCCCGAGGUCGCCGGCAUCAGAGUUCAGCUGGAGAUGCAGAGCCUGUGGCAGCAGUUUGACCAGCUCACCACCGAAAUGAUUGUAACAAAAGCCGGAAGAAGGAUGUUUCCUACAUUUCAAGUACACAUUUCAGGGAUGGACCCAGCAGCAGAAUAUGUUCUUCUAAUGGACUUUAUUCCAGUUGAUGACAAAAGAUACAGGUAUGCUUUCCACAGCUCCUCCUGGUUGGUAGCGGGACGUGGAGAUAUCGCUGCCCCGGGACGAGUGCACUUCCAUCCAGACUCACCCGCACGGGGAUCCCAGUGGAUCAAACAGACGGUCUCAUUCGACCGCCUCAAACUCACCAACAACCUGCUGGACGAUAACGGCCACAUGAUCCUGAACUCCAUGCACCGCUACCAGCCGCGACUGCACGUGGUUCUGGUGGACCGAAGCAGAAACAGUCAGCGCUUCGCUCACCGCAACUUCUGCACUUUCAGUUUCCCAGAAACUCGCUUCAUCGCAGUCACCGCCUACCAGAACCACAGGAUUACUCAGCUGAAGAUCGCUUGCAACCCCUUCGCGAAAGGCUUUCGAGCAGCAGAUUCGGAAAACAGGUAA